GAGCAGAGCCACUUGGUUGUUAUUAUCAACGUCACUAGGAAGAUAGUCCGAUCCCAUCCCGGUACCACGAUCGAAUUAGUAGGGAUUCGCCAAGCCGCCAGGCUACUACGACGUCUGGUAGGCGCGAGUGAUUGGUCCUUCUGCACGGAUUUACCGAAACACCCCCAAAACGGCAACCCGUCGUCGUCGUGGUGCUGCCGGGGCCCCGCCGUUAGCCGCGAGAGAUCGCGAGAAGGGAGUUUGGGGAGAUCGGCGGGAGGAUCGGCCUGUUCGUACACGACCAGCACCGGUCACUGGUACGCCGCUUGCUGGCGGCCCAGUGAGAUGGAAGAAAAGUCCUCUGCCCGAUUCUCCGAAUAUCUGUUCGCCAAGAUGGGCGGGCAGGACGUCUCGGCCUCUCAGGGUCCCCGCAAGGUGACCGCCGACACCAGAAAGUGGAUGCGAGAGAACCUGCUACUCUUGGUCACCUUGUCCGGCGUACUCUUUGGCGUAAUUCUCGGGUUCGGUUUGCGACCUCUGGACCUUGGAGACGAUGCGGUGAUGCUGAUCAGUUAUCCGGGAGAGCUUUUUAUGAGAUUGCUAAAGCUAAUGAUUUUACCUCUUGUAAUCGCCAGCCUCAUAUCAGGCUCAGCGAGCUUAAACGCCAGGAUGAACGGAAUGAUUGCCGUUCGAACUUUGGUGUACUUCAUACUAACGUCCUUACUCAAUGCUGUGCUUGGCGUAGCCCUAGUACUCGUUAUUCAUCCCGGUAAUCCCGGCAUCAGGGAAUCGAUCGGUCCUUCGCAUCACGCGAGAGCCGUUAACAUAUUAGACAGCCUGCUCGAUCUGGGAAGGAACAUGUUUCCGGACAAUUUGUUUCAAGCAGCUUUCCAACAAGCGCACACAGUAUAUGUCCCGAAAAAGCAACCUUUCCAGAACGUCACCGAUCAGUUACCAACGGCAGUCUUGGGGGAUGAGGAAUUGAUGAGAGUGGUACAGUACAGAAGCGGCACGAACACUCUGGGUAUAGUUUUCUUUUGCUUGGUCUUUGGUACGUUCCUGGGAACACUCGGCGAGAAAGGUCAGGUCGUUAUAGAUUUCUUCAAGGCUGUGUUCGAAGUCAUCAUGCGAAUGGUCUCAACUGUAAUGUGGAUGACACCCAUCGGCAUUACCUCUGUAAUAGCGGGCAAAAUACUUGGCGUGGACGAUCUGGUACUGGUGAUGUCGCAGCUGGCGUGGUUCAUCGUCACGAUCGCGAUCGGUGUGUUUCUCUAUCAGCUGGUGAUCAUGCAGCUGAUAUAUGCGGCCUUCGUUAGAAAGAACCCCUUUAAAUUCUACGCCGGCCUGGCCCAGGGUACCCUCACCGCCUUCGCCAUGGCAUCAACGGCUGCCGCACUUCCUGUGACUUUUCGUCUGAUGACCGAGAAGCUCAAAGUCGACCCUAGAGUCACCAGAUUCGUCCUGCCGAUCGGUUGCAAUAUCAACAUGGAUGGUACCGCGCUCUUCGUCGCCGUCGCCAGCAUAUUCAUUGCCCAGAUGAAUGGUAUCUUCAUGGGCUUUGGGGAGAUCAUCACCGUUAUUUUGACGUCCACUGCUGCUUCCGUCUCGUCGGCCUCGGUACCAAGCGCUGCGCUCGUUCUGCUGUUAGUUGUCCUAAGCGCUAUUGAUGCUCCCGUUAAUGAUGUUUCUCUUUUAUUCGCAAUCGAUUGGUUUGUGGAUCGGAUAAGAACCACCAAUAAUAUGCUAGGAGAUUGUUACGCCGCUGCAGUUGUCGAGCAGCUCUCGAAAAAGGAAUUGAUGGCAUUGGACGCAGCAGCUUAUCAAUCGGAGACUGUGCUGCCAACCACUAUCGCAAAUGGAUGUCUUACGGCCAACAGGGUACCUGAUCCUGACACCGUUGUUGUCGAGAUGCAAGACGACGCGCGGAUAACGGGGAUCGCCAACUUCGGAAUAUUACACAUGUCGAGAAGUGUGACGGAAGAGACCGUUUGA